AUGGCCGUGGCCCGGGGACCCUCUGCAGCGCUGCAGGAGGGAGCUGUGCCUGUCUUUCCUGCCUUCUGCCUUCUCCUACCUGCUCCUGCCUUCUCUUGCCUGUCCUGCCAGGAGGGGACACGCCGCAGUGUGGGGACACCACCCCCAGUGCCACGCCUGGCCCAGCCCCUCCUCACCAUCACCUUCUGCUUCGCUUGCAGGAGCCUGAUGCCGCGAACCCUCGACAGCCAGAUCACGGUGGAGAAGACCCCCAGCUACUUUGUCACCAAGGAGGCACCGCGGCGGAUCUUCAACAUGUCCCGGGACACGAAGCUGAUCGUGGUGGUGAGGAACCCGGUCACCCGCGCCAUCUCGGACUACACGCAGACGCUCUCCAAGAAGCCGGACAUCCCCACCUUCGAGGGGCUGUCCUUCCGCAACCGCAGCCUGGGGCUGGUGGACACGUCCUGGAACGCCAUCCGCAUCGGGAUGUACGCCGUGCACCUGGAGAGCUGGCUCCAGUACUUCCCCCUCUCCCAGAUCCACUUUGUCAGCGGGGAGAAGCUGAUCACAGACCCGGCCGGGGAGAUGGGCAAAGUCCAGGACUUCCUGGGCAUCAAACGGGUCAUCACGGACAAGCACUUCUACUUCAACAAGACGAAAGGCUUUCCUUGCCUGAAGAAGUCGGAGAGCAGCGGUUUGCCCCGCUGCCUGGGCAAGUCCAAAGGCAGGACUCACGUGCAGAUAGACCCCGAGGUGAUCGAGCAGCUUCGGGACUUUUAUAGACCUUAUAAUAUCAAAUUCUAUGAAACGGUCGGGCAGGACUUCAGGUGGGAGUAAGCGUCCAGGAGCAGAGCCACGGUGAGGCUGCAGUCUU